UUUUUCCGGUACAUCAUGGCGACUCCCACACCUCUCUUAGCAGGUGGGUUAUUUCAUUGAAGAGUAAAGUAUUGUUUUAGACGUUAACCUGGGUUGUAGAAUAUACGCAUCGGCCCCCCUUAACUGUCACGUGAGUUAGAAUGUUGAAUCAUUUCCUUACUUAAAAGUCGAUUGUGACCUGCUCUUGUCAGAGUAAUGUUACAAGCUUGCCAAAUGUUUUCGAAACAUUUUGCCAGAUGCUGUAGCAUGCAAGCCCAUCACUGUAGUAUUCUGUCUCGCAAGCCCAAUUCUGUUCCAAUCAGAUUUAUCUUCUGCUGAUGAUAAUGUAGCUAAUUAUUUAAUCUUACAUAGCUAUUACAGCAGUGAUCUGAGACUAACUGCUGCUGUUAUUGUGAUCACACAGUCCGGGGAUCUGACGGGACAGUGCUGCUCCGUGGACCACCAAACUGCGAGAAGAAUGCCGAUUUUCAAAGGUCAGUCCCGUUCUAUCAGACUUAACAUAAUGUUACAUUGUUAGCCAAAUCGAUCACUGUGCAUGUGUUGCAAAUGCAAUUUUAUUUACUAAACCUUUCAUUUUCAGGGACCCUCGGCAAAGUAGAUAUGUGGCUUUCAGCAAGGAUGGGACAUUGUUUGCAUGGUGCAAUGGAGAGAAGUAAGAAAAUCUACAUCAUGGCACCUGAUUCACUAUAUAGUACACAACUUUUGACCCGAGCCCUAUGUAUCAGUAUGCAGAAGUAGUAUACAACCCUUGCAUGCUGUAGUGUGAGUGACAUUAGUCCUGUAGACUACCUCUUCAGUCAUUGGAAUCUUUUGCAAGCAUUGAGUCUCUGGUCCGAUCACAGUAGUUGUCAUGCCCAUGUUUUGUUUGUCAGGGUCACUGUUGUGAAGGUUGCAGAUGGCUCACAAGUCAGGUCCUUUGACCUUCCAAAGACUGCAAUGUUGGAGUUCUCUCCGCUGAACACUGUGCUGGCUACAUGGCAGGUGUAUAGCAGUAAGUUUCCAUAACUACAUUGAAAUGCAAUACAAAUUAUAACAAGGUUUGAUUAGAUGAUGAAAAUGGAAAGCACUGACUCUUGAUAUUGUACUCCUUAGCAUUUUUCUGGAAUCUAUUAACGACUAAAGGGCUCUACACACUACGGAGCGACGGAGCGUCACUUUCUACGUACAGUAGUUCUAUGUACUUUUGUUUCACUGAAUUUUUGUUCCACUUAAUUUUUCGAACGGACCGUAUACGUCACUCUGUUUGCGUAGUGUGUAGAGCCCUUAACCAGGUACACAAGUAGGGAUCCAAAAUGUAUUCCGUUUUAAACUAGAUAUAAUUUGAAUGUCAUGUCCAUUGCAAUGUAUGGUUUGUAGUUUGUGCUGCACUACCACUCAUAUUUACAAUAGGUAAUGUAAUGGUAUGUUCCCUUGCUCUUGUCAGAGACACAGGAAAACCCACAGGGAGAUGCCAACUUGCAGCUGUGGGAUUUGCAAACUGGGACCUGCCUCAAGGCUCUCUACCAGAAGAAGGUACAGGGAUGGUGAGUUUUCACCAUUGUCUAUUAUUGUGUGUUUGUCCAUCUGUGAGGAAAUGCAGAGGAUUAGCCAGCAGCAUAACACCCUGCAUCCAACUACUGGCUUGCCUCUGAAGCUAAGUAGGGUCAGUCCUGUUUGGUCCCUGGAUGAGAAACCAGAUGCUGCUGGAAGUGGUGUUGGAGGUCUAGUAGGGGGCACUCUUCCCUCUGGUCUAAGGAGAUCCCAAUGACCUGGGGCAGUAAAGGGGACAUCUUUCGGAUGGGACAUUGAAACGGGUGUCCUGACUCUCUGUGGUCACUAAAGAGCCCAUGGCACUUAUAAUAAAAGUAUGGGUGUUUACCCCGGUGUCCUGGCUAAAUUCCCAACCUGGCCCAUUUCAGUCAUCCCCAGCUUCCAAUUGGCUUGUUCAUCCCUUUUCCUUCCCCCUGUAACUCUUCCCCAGGUCGUUGCUGUAAAAGAGAAUAUGUUCUCACUCAACUUACCUCGUAAAAUAAGGGUCAAUAAAUAAAUGAGUAUGUGUUGCCCAUCACAGAUAUGACUGAGUCAGAAUCUGGGUCUCCGGUGUACCCAUCACAGAUAUGACUGAGUUAGAACCUGGGUCUCCGGUGCGCCCAUCACGGAUAUGACUGAGUUAGAACCUGGGUCUCCGGUGCGCCCAUCACGGAUAUGACUGAGUUAGAACCUGGGUCUCCGGUGUACCCAUCACAGAUAUGACUGAGUUAGAACCUGGGUCUCCGGUGUACCCAUCACAGAUAUGACUGAGUUAGAACCUGGGUCUCCGGUGCGCCCAUCACAGAUAUGACUGAGUUAGAACCUGGGUCUCCGGUGUACCCAUCACAGAUAUGACUGAGUUAGAACCUGGGUCUCCGGUGUACCCAUCACAGAUAUGACUGAGUUAGAACCUGGGUCUCCGGUGUACCCAUCACAGAUAUGAGGAGUUAGAACCUGGGUCUCCGGUGUGCCCACUAAGCUAAAGCCUAGGCCCAAGUCUUGGACAAGGUUACUAAUCAUGUGAGUGUGAUUCAAUGAACCAUCUCUGUUACUUAGAUGAUGCACUUGGGAAGGCUAGAUAAUGUCUGCCAGCACUUUAUCCUGCUUUCGGUCAUUAUCACCCCUCGCUCCAUUGAAUAGAAACUGAAAAUGUUGAGAGUUUUUAGUUUAAUGUUUGCAUCAUGACCUUUAUUUUCAGAACAGCUUGUUUUUGUCUUGUCAAUAUGUACAGGUGUCCAAGCUGGUCAGAUGACGAGAAGAUUGCGGUCAGGAGUGUUAACAAUGAACUUCACUUUUUUGAGAACAACGAUUUUAGUAAGUAUCUUCAUUGCCCACGUUCUUGUGCACAUAGAUUUGAUUUAUUUAUUGAAAGUUUAUUCAACCAGGAAUUCCCGUUGCGGUCAAGAGAUCUCCUUAACAAUGGAGAACUAGUCAUGAUGGCAGCUCCAUACUGAUGUGACACAGAAACAAGCAUUUAUUGAGAGAACUAGUUAGCGCUUGUGCACUUCCUAUUGUAAAAGUACCAAUAUUUGUAUUAGUUAAUCGUCUCUUUUUCCAGACGCCAUUGCCAAUAAGCUUCACUUGCAGAAGGUGUCCGAGUUUGUGCUGUCCCCGGGAAGUCAGCCUAGUAAAGUAUACCUCUGUUUUAUCUUGUUUCCUGCCGAUAAACGUAACAAUUCAUGUAUCUGUUUGGUUAGCUGACUAUAUAACAGGGUAUUGACAUUUGCCACUGUGUUUCUGAAGGUGGCUGUUUAUGUCCCUGGGAGCAAAGGUGCCCCCUCAUUUGUCCGGCUAUACCAAUACCCCAACUUUGGUGGAGCGACCUGCGCUCUGGCCAACAAGAGUUUCUUCAAGGCUGACAGGGUGACCAUGCUGUGGAACAAAAAAGGUUGGUCAACGUUGAUAAUAAUGUUAUGGAGAAUGUGUGGUUGCGUUAUCCUAAUAAGAGUUUGUCGUUUUUUGCCAUGACGGCUUUUGUUUUUUUCCUAUCAGCCACUGCGGUUCUGGUGCAGGCCAGCGUAGAGGUGGAUAAAACAGGGGCCUCAUACUACGGAGAACAGACUUUACACUACUUGGCCACCAAUGGGGAGACUUCUGCCGUGCAGCUACGUGAGUCUGCAGAUUCUUUAUAUAGUGUGUUUUACACCACCAUUAUUUGUAUGUCUGAAGGCAAAGAUAUGUAAAAUACCAGGGGAGCUACACUGGCGCGAUGGUCAUUCGGUAUGUUUUUAGCUGUUAUGCUGGACGUGUAGCUUUUGCUGGCUUGAGCGCGAGCCACAUUAUUAAGUGUUCUCGGGCGUGAGCAGCGCGUCAUUCUUAAAAAAAAAAAAACAGAGCGCAAUUGUACUCUGAGCAGCUCGAGCCUCGCUGCUUACACCCAGGUUUCAUUUAAAGGAAUUUAGUUGAUGCUCUGUGGUUCAUAAACGUGUGGUAUCUAUCUGUGUUGUGAACAGAGAAGAACGGGCCCAUCUACGACGUGGCAUGGAGCCCAAGCGCCACCGAGUUCUGCGUGGUCUAUGGCUUCAUGCCCGCCAAGGCUACUGUCUACAACCUCAAGUGCGACCCCGUCUUCGACUUCGGCACGGGCCCCCGCAACGCCGUCUACUACAGCCCCCAGGGCCACGUCCUGGUCUUGGCCGGCUUCGGGAACCUGCGGGGCCAGAUGGAGGUGUGGGAUGUCAAGAAGUGGAAGCAGGUGUCCAAGCCCCAGGCGCCCGACUCCACCCACUUUGCCUGGUGCCCGGACGGUGAACACAUCGUCACAUCGACCUGUGCCCCCCGGCUACGUGUCAGCAACGGCUACAAGAUCUGGCACUACACCGGCACGGUUCUGUACAAGCAGGACACGCCGACGGGCACAGAGCUCUGGGAGACUGUGUGGCAGCCCUUCCCAGACGGGACGUUCCCUGAGAGGCCGGUGAAGUACCAGGCAGCACCCAGCGAGCUGGGCAGCACAGAGACCAAGCCGGCCCAGGCCUACCGCCCACCUGCCCUGCGGAAUAAACCGGUCACAGCCAGCUCCAAACUGGUGAGUAGAGGAUGGUCAGGGGUCAGCUUUGGGUUGUUUUCAGUAGCUAUUCAAUUGUAAAACAAAAAUGAGCCUUUAAAGGGAUUGUUUCAUGUCCAAAUCAUAUUUAAGUAACUUUAAUGAACUACACAAUACAUUUUAGACACUUUGGGAUGAUUUGGACAUAAAAUGCAUUGGUGCUAAUAUUAGUGAUACCAAGCAUUGGUUUUGUGCUGUAAAUGCUGAAAAGUUAGCAUUUGGAGACAAUGGCCAGGGAAACAAAACCAAAGCAUUGAUUGCUGUCUUACCUUGUCCAUAGACUGCUUACAGAGUAAGGAAACCAAUAUGUAGUUUUGUAAUUUGGGUAAACUAUCCUUUUAAAGGGCCAAAUAAGGUUGUAUUGUAUUGAAUCCACCCCUGAGGAGGAAGACCUAAUAGUGAUGAAAAAGAUUCACAAAUAUCCACCCUUUUCUCUGUCAGCAUGAAGAGGAGCCUCCACAGAACAUGAGGCCUGGCGCCACCGGGGACAAGCAGCUGUCCAAGACGGCUCUGAAGAACCAGAAAAAACGGGAGGCAAAGAAAGCAGCCAAACAGGUAAAGAUGCUUUGCACGAUCUUCUCCUAAUGUGCCGUAAUGAAUGACUGUAGUGGAGAAUUGCUCUUGUCUAAGUUAUCAGAUGGGGAGAGUGGGAGGUAGCGAGGUCAGUGAUCUCAAGUUGUGUGUGUGUGUUAUUUUUGUGAUGUCUAUAAAGCCUUCUAGGGUUGAUAAAGUUGUGUUUUUCUGCUUGUGUAGGAGAUAAACCCAGAUGCCCUUGAGCCCCAGUCAGACCCCUCUCCAGCCAGCAGCACUCAGCCUGAACCCUCCUGUGGCGACCCAGAACUUGACAAGAAGAUCAAGAACGUAAAGAAGGUGAAAAAACACGGUCUCUGUUUAAUAGUCAGUAUUUACUGUAUCAGUGGGUGGCUGAAGUACCUGUAGAAAGCUGUGUUUCUUACAAAUGUACCUUACAGUAAUUUUCCAGAUUCAAUAUACGUCUGUGGUGAAGCAGGUUUUACUUCUUCAUAAUGUCAUUGACCUUUUUAAUUUUCACUGCUAUGGAAAUGAUUUAUCACAAGCAUACUGUAGAAAAAUGAGUCAGUAAGUUUCACGUCAAGUGUUGCCCUUUUGGUGUUGAGAAUGGCUUAGCUGUACGUUAAUUCUGCUUAUUUCAAACUGACCCCUAGAAACUGAAAGCUAUCGACGAGCUGAAAGCGCUGCAAGCAACUGGGAAACCCAUUCAAAAGAACCAGGUAUUUUUCUAAGAAACUACUGUCACGCACACAGUCAAUAUAUAUCCACAGUUUUUACAUUUGUAUAUUCAACUUGAAAAUAUUAGAGAAUUGUGUUGCUAAAAUAUGUAUUCUCUUUUUGCCCGUUGUCAUUUAUCUCUUUUAGCUUGAAAAGAUGGAAAAGGAGUCUCAACUCAUGAAAGAGCUUGAGGAUCUUCAACUAGUAAAAGAAAAUACUGAAUUUGUUCAUGAAUAAAAACAUCCUUGCCAUAUGAUCAAGACCCAAGAGCGCUCGUAAAGCUAUCUAUAAUGGACAUAAAUUCGGAUCUCAUACAAUUUUUACUACUCGUGGAGACACGUUGCAGUUGAAGGCUUGUUCUCACAUUUUAACAUACAUUUGAGCCUUAAAAACUUAAGCAUCAAGACACUAUUGCUAUGCAAUGUACAGUUCAUUCGGAAAGUAUUCAGACCCCUUCAAUUUUUCCACAUUUUGUUAUUUUACAGCCUUAUUCUAAAAUUGAUUUUUUUUUUUAAAUAAUCCCCUCAAUCUACACACAAUACCCCAUCAUGACAAAGCAAACACAGGUUUUAGACAUUUUUGUAAAUUUAUUGAAAAUACAAAAAUGAAAUAUCACGUUUACAUAAGUAUUCAGACCCUUUACUCAGUACUUUGUUGAAGCACCUUGGGCAGUGAUUACAGCCUCGAGUCUUCUUGGGUAUGACACUACAAGCUUGGCACACCUGUAUUUGGGGAGUUUCUCCCAUUCUUCUCUGCAGAUCCUCUCAAGCUCUGUUAGGUUGGAUGGGGAGCGUCUCUGCACAAAUAUUUUCAGGUCUCUCCAGAGAUGUUCGAUCGCAUUCAAGUACGGGAUCUGGCUGGACCACACAAGGACAUUCAGAGACUUGUCGCGAAGCCACUCCUGCAUUGUCUUGGCUGUGUGCUUAGGGUCGUUGUCCUGUUGGAAGGUGAACCUUCGCCCCAAGUCUGAGGUCCUGAGCGCUCUGGAGCAGGUUUUCAUCAAGGAUCUCUCUGUACAUUGCUCCGUUCAUCUUUCCCUCUACUGACUAGUCUCCCAGUCCCUGCCACUGAAAAACAUCCACACAGCAUGAUGCUGCCACUACCAUGCUUCACCGUAGGGAUGGUAUUGGCCAGGUGAUGAGCGGUGCCUGGUUUCCUCCAGACGUGAUGCUUGGCAUUCGGGCCAAAGAGUUCAAUCUUGGUUUCAUCAGACCAGAUAAUCUUGUUUCUCAUGGUCUGAGAGUCCUUUAAGUGCCUUUUGGCAAACUCCAAGCGGGCUGUCAUGUGCCUUUUACUGGGGAGUGGCUUCUGUCUGGCCACUCUACCAUAAAGGCCUGAUUGGUGGAGUGCUGCAGAGAUGGUUGUCCUUCUGGAAGGUUCUCCCAUCUCCACAGAGGAACUCUGGAGCUCUGUCAGAGUGACCAUCAGGUUCUUGGUCACCUCCCUGCCCAAGGUCCUUCUCCCCGAUUGCUCAGUUUGGCCGGGCGGCCAGCUCUAGGAAGAGUCUUGCUGGUUCUAAACUUCUUCCAUUUAAGAAUGAUGGAGGCCACUGUGUUCUUGGGGACCUUCAAUGCUGCAGACAUUUUUUGGUACCCUUCCCCAGAUCUGUGCCUCGACACAAUCCUGUCUCGGAGCUCUACGGGCAAUUCCUUCGACCUCGUGGCUUGGUUUUUGAUCUGACAUGCACUGUCAACUGUGAGACCUUAUAUAGACAGGUGUGUGCCUUUCCAAAUUAAUUUAAUUUACCACAGGUGGACUCCAAGUUGUAGAAACAUCUCAAGGAUGAUCAAUGGAAACAGGAUGCACCUGAGCUCAAUUUUGAGUCUCAUAGCAAAGGGUCUGAAUACUUAGGUUUUUAGAAAUGUUUGCAAAUACAUGUUUCAACUUUGUCAUUAUGGGGUAUUGUGUGUAGAUUGAGAAUGUUUAUUUAUUUAAUACAUUUUGGGAUAAGGCUGUAACGUAAUAAAAUGUGGAAAAACUGAAGGGGUCUGAAUACUUUCCGAAUGCACUGUAUGUACAGGUUAUUAAAUCCAUUGAUGAUACCUAAUAAUUAGAAUUGAUGUAUAUAGUAAACACUUAAAGGUUUCAGCAGCUAGAAAUUGUUGGUUUUUACUUUAAGUUGAAUUAACUUGUUUCAGUUCAUUGAGAUGAAAUGAGAAAAUGUAAUAAAAAAAUGUACACCGCCAAAACAGUUAUUCUUCAUGGUUCCAAGAAAAGGUUGCUAAUUUCAUAAAUCGUCACAAAAAUAUUGGAGAAUAGUUUGUGU